AUGGGCGGAAUCAAUCCCGAGGUACCUCUGCAUCUGGCUCAGGCAACCAUUUUUACUGGAAAGGGGUUCAGAAACGCAGAAGACUAUGCUCAUUAUCUCAUCAAAUUUCAAGAUCGCCCUUUGUGUCCCUCUAUCUCUCUUGAUCCAGCUCGUUUCAAUCGCUAUGACAUGAACAUCCCUGGAUUGAUCAAUGCUGUGGGAUGGUCGAAUCUCCCUCUGGAUCAAUGCUACAACUUUCGUCCAGAGGUUGUUCGCAUGUUCUAUGCAAACAUGCAACCCUGUUUCAACACUGAUCCUCCCACCUUCACCACUGUGGUGUAUAACUAUCUGAUCACUGUCACAGUCGACAUCUUGUCAUACCUUCUUGGGUAUCCCAUUGCUGGUGCUGAAGUUCUGGAUGAAGGAGACUUCCAGGAAGCUAGUUUCAAUGAAGUUGAAGCUAUUCGACUGUACACAAGGGAUACAGGUGAAUAUCAUUCUUCUCAGCUUGCCACUGGACGUCUCCCUGAUGAUCUCAAAGUGCUUCAUUUCUUCAUCACUAGGGUUUUCCUUCCUCGCUCUCAUGGACUCAAUAGGAUCUAUCCCAUGGACAUGUGGAUUAUGGCUAGUGCCAAAGAAAAUCGUCCUAUCAGCUAUCCUCAUCUCAUGUUUAAUCACAUGCUCCAUUACUGUGAUGACAAUUACAAUGAGGAACUUCCAUUUGCUCCUCAAAUCACUCUGCUGCUGCGUGGCUUGGGUAUUGAUCUUCGCUACAAAAGUGGCUCGAGUUGA